GAAAGUCCAAGUGGUCCGAACAACACUGGACCCACAUUGGUUUCUUAGUUAUAAGCACAAGCAAUUUUUCCAUUGGCCACAUUUUGAUUAUGACUGCCUAACCAAUUAUAUAUUUUCAGACAAUGUUGCUGCAUCCCUCAGUCUUUGUCCUUGUUGCCUUCCUUUGGAGCGUCCCGCCCCUUUCCCUGGCUGGGAAGAUCCUGGUGUACCCAGUGGAUGGAAGCCACUGGCUUAACAUGGACAUUUUGCUACGAGAGCUUCAUCAGCGAGGUCACAAACUGACAAUUGUCCGUUCUGCCAACAGCUGGUACAUCCCAGAGAACACCACCCACUAUACACCCAUCACCAUAAUUGCCGAUCAUCUCUCCAGCCUGGAGGACCCCGAGUACAUGGCGUCCUUUCUUAAGAGAAACAUUGAGAUUCAGAGAGGGGAAGGAUCUGUUUGGUCAUUCAUGGCGCUGCAGAAAGAAGUAAUUAAUCUUUUAGAAGAGUCUCACAAGUCUUCUGCUGAGAUGGUGAGGACCAUUCUCGAAGAUAAAAAGCUUGUUAAAACACUCAAAGAUUCCAAGUAUGAUUUGAUGCUAACCGAUCCUGGUUUUGCAGGAGGGGUCAUAUUGGGCAUGUACUUGGGUUUACCAAUGGUAUACAAUGUACGGUGGAUAACAAAUGCAGAAGGGCACUUUGCAAUUGCACCCUCACCGCUUUCUUACAUCCCAACUAUUGGAUCUAGGGUGACAGAUAAAAUGAGCUUUGCAAAUAAAAUGAAAAAUAUCUUGCAUUAUGGAAUCGGCCAAUACAUAGACCACUUGAUCACAAGGCCUCUUUAUCAAGGAGUUAUCAGCGAACACAUAGAUCCAAACACCAAUGUGUACUCUCUGAUCCAAGGAGCAGAUCUGUGGCUCAUGAGAGUCGAUUUUGUAUUCGAGUUUCCUCGUCCUACUAUGCCCAAUGUGGUCUACAUUGGAGGCUUCCAGUGCAAACCAUCCAAACCUUUACCAGAUGAAUUGGAGAAGUUUGUCGAGAGUUCUGGAGAGCACGGGGUGGUGAUAAUGUCUUUGGGUACUCUGCUUGGAAGUCUGGUUCCUGACAUAUCCGAACUCGUUGCCUCCGCCUUUGCUCGCUUGCCACAAAAGGUGAUUUGGAGACACAUAGGAGAAAAGCCAUCUACGUUGGGGAACAAUACACUGAUAGUGGACUGGCUGCCUCAAAACGACCUCUUAGGCCAUCCUAAAACUAAAGCUUUCGUCACCCACGGAGGAACGAAUGGAAUCUACGAGGCUAUUUACCACGGCGUUCCGAUGCUUGGACUCCCGCUCAUCUUCGACCAGUUUGACAACAUGAUUCGCCUGGAAGCCAGAGGGGUGGCUCAAAUGCUUGACGUUGCAGCCUUGGAUGUAGAUACCCUAACACAAUCCCUAAGGGACAUACUAGAUGAAAAUCAACCCUACCAGAAGAACAUGCGCAGAAUGUCAAGCCUACAUCGUGACACUCCACUCAAGCCAAUGGACAGUGCCAUCUUUUGGCUGGAGUUUGUCAUGAGGCAUAAGGGUGCGGCGCACUUACGCACCGAGUCCUACAGACUUCCUUGGUAUUCCUACUACUGCGUAGAUGUGUUAAUGCUGAUAAUGAGUUUGUUUACAGCAGUCAGUGUGCUCUUGAUCUUGAUGAGCAGGGCAUUGUUGAAAGUUUUGCUCAAGAAAAGAAAAUCCAAAAAAGAGUGAAGUCAUGUCUUUGGUAACACUAGUUUUUUUGCUAAAGGCUAAUGUCAUUAAUGGUGCUCUAUGCACCAAUUCCAGUGUGGAAAGGUUCGGUUAGUUAGCAUGUCCCUAUUCACCCCUGCUGGUAGAUGUUUUAACUAGUCCAUCUGGUUAAAAAAAAAUUGUCCAUUGAUCAUUUGACAAGCAACCUUUAAAGCGCUAAUAUACUGAUGUAUUAAAGUAGACCUUUUAUAAACAAUUGGGACUGUGGACAUUCUUUUGGCACCAUCAGCCAAUUAGUAUUGUUCGCAGUGAUCAAACAAAAAAAAUGUAGAUUCAGAUGAUUGGCUAAAAACCAGGCAGCAUAAGCAAGUGCCAUGGAGAUAAAUAUAAAUGCUGUUGGAUAACUUCUUUGAGGUGUGAUUAUAUCACAUUAUAUAUUUUUGCAGGAUUGCAGUUUCUAAACAACUUUCCCAAAACUUCCCCCUAUCUUUUGGUUGAGAAUGUUACUAGGUCAGGCAGUUCAGGAAAACAAGGCAAUGUUUUGAGAAUGCCACAGAUCAAGCAUUUGUAGUUAUUUGGAAAAAUGUUCUUGAAAUUUUAAAUUUCAGUGUACAUAAAAUUACACACAUCAUACAAAUACAUUCGGUCAAGUAAUGUGUUGCUAACAGGAUAUUUUUGUUUUUAAAAAAGGAACUGCAGGAGAUUGUAUUUUUCCAUUUGUUUUAUUGAUUUGUACAGACAUUGAAUGAACCAGCUUUCUAUUUUGCACGUAAAUAUUUCACUUAACACAACCACCGGCAUGGUCAACAAAAAUAAAAUUAUUCAUAAUGUGACAGAUGGCCGAUGAUGCCGAAUGUCUCCUACAUUUUGGAAUGGUGUAUUACUAUACAGUAUAUGGUUACAAUGGGUCAAAUACUUGAGAGAGAGUAAAAAAUAAAGUGCUCGGUCUUCA